GGCUGGGCGGUUUCUGGUGGCAUGGCUGGUGCUCGCGCAGGUCUGGCGGAUCCUGCCUGGCAGCCGUAGGGCGGACUCAGGGCUCGAGGCAAGGGCUCCUUUCGUUUCCCGCGGCCAUGGAGCGGCUGACGUUGCCUCCCGGUGGCGCGGCCGCGGUGGACGAGUACCUAGAAUACCGGAGAAUUGUUGGUGAGGAUGAUGGAGGGAAACUUUUUACUCCUGAAGAAUAUGAAGAAUACAAGAAGAAAGUUUUACCCAUGCGUUUACAGAACAGACUGUUUGUGAGCUGGCGGUCACCAACAGGAAUGGAUUGUAAACUUGUUGGCCCAGAGACACCCUGUUUUUGUACACAUAGGUAUAAACAGCAUAAGACUGACUUUGAAACAGUUCCCCAGGAGCGCCCCAUCGACCUGCCUUGCCAAGUGCCGAGGUGCCGGUGUCAGGCUUACCACUACGUCCCUCUGAAUGGCACCCAGCCCAUCCGCUGCAGGUGCAAGCACUUUGCUGACCAGCACACGGCUGCACGUGGCUUCACGUGCAAUGCCUGCUCCAAGUGUUCAGGUUUCCACAGCUCCUUCACCUGUGCCUGCGGCCAGCCGGCGUAUGCCCACGAAACGGUGGUGGAAACCCGGCAAGAAAGAUUGGCUCAGGGAAAGCCAGUAGGACAAGACGUUCCUUACGCAGCAAUGGGAGGGCUGACUGGUUUCAGCUCGUUGGCGGAAGGCUACAUGCGCUUAGAUGACAGCGGCGUCGGCGCACCCUCAGUUGAAGUUUUGGAUUCUCCAGUUACGGCCAUGGACCACCCGUUCCUAAGAGCCAUGCAGCAGCCGUCUACUUCUCCCCAAAUGCUAGCAGAUGUAGGUCCAAGCACUCAGGUUGCUUCCUUGAGGAAACCUGGUGAGGAUGAUAUGGCUUACUUUGAAAGACAAUACCAGGAAAGGAUAAAAAUGGAAAAGGCUGCUAAGCAGAAAGGAAAAGCUCCGCUGCUGUCAGGUACAAAGCCUUCUUGAAGUCUGUUGGACAAACUGGAGCCGCCAUCGGAUGCAUCUUCUAUUUAUUUAAGUUUAUUUUCUAUGUACUUUCUUACUGUGUAAAUACGUCCUUUUUGAAUUUUGCUUACUGAAACAAGUGAAAUUAAUUUUUUUUUUUUUUUGUCAGAAUCUUUGACUUUAGCCCUUUAUAUGCUUUUCAUAGACAGUCUAUGGUGUAGCCUAGACUGGCUUUGAAAUCACUGUACUCCUGCCUCAGCGUAUGUAUGCUUUCUCUCUCGCUCAGCAAGUUAUAUGUUAUUUUCAUGUGAUUGAAACCCUAAGAAAAGGACAAUAAAUAUUUUUAGCUUAUCAU